AACGUUGAUUAGAUUUUUUUCAUUAAAAACUGCAGUUGCUCUUGAAUUAGCUGUAAAGUUAGGAACUUUACCUCAAGAUGCAUUAGUAACAGCACAUUUUAUUAAAAUAAUUGAUGAAUGGUUCACUUUGACAGCCUCAAAACUAAGAAAAACAUCAAUAACUAAAAAUAACAAAGAAUGUAAAUAUGAUUUUUUAGAGAAAGUUAUUACCUUAUUUGAGAAUUUAACUAUAGGAAAUGGUUGGAAACCUUUAAAUGUCGGUUUUAUAAUGUCAUCAUUGUCUUUGAUUGAUAUUGCAGAAACUCUAUUCAAUUGUGGCUUCGAUUUCUUGAUUUGUCAUAGAUUCACCCAAGAUGCAAUUGAAAAUGUUUUUUCUCAAAUUCGACGAAAAUCCGGAGCAACUCCUACAGCCACCCAGUGUCUCAGUGCAUUAAAAAUAAUAUCAGUUUCUCAAUUUAUUUCCGAUGUUAAAAGAAGUAGUUAUGUAACGGACAGUGAUACUUAUCUUAUAGAUUUUUUCCAGAAUCCCGAUUAUGAGAGUAUUCACAGUAAUAUUAAUAAUUUUAGUGACAUGUUUACACAUAACACUAGUAACCUUCCUAGUGAUGCAUUUGAAACAGAAACUAUCAACCAUAUAUUAACAUGCAUUAGUAAAAUUGAUCUAAACAGUUUAUAUCACAUUGCUGGAAGUACAACCAAUAUGUUGUUAAAACAUUGUUGUAAAGAAUGUGCGAUUAAGUUACAGCAAAAUGGACCUAAUGAUGAACUGUUUGAAAGUAUUAAGACAUACACCACAUUAUUGAAUAAAGGAGGAUUGAAACAUCCAUGCAUGGAACUAUUUCUAAUUGUUUGUAAUUGUGAAAUUCUCUAUGUUAAGUAUAAGACAUAUAUAAUACAUAACUCUUCUCAUAACUUAAUUAAUAAAAUUGUAAAUGAUUUAUGUAUUGAAUUUCCUACAUGUUUUAAAUCAUGUAAUAUUAAAGAAAGAAUCGUAAAACACUUUUUUACUGUAAGAUCUUAUGCUACAGUAAGCUUUUCAGUAAACUCAAAAAAAAGAAAGAAAAUAUAUGGCACAGCAACUGCUAAAAAAAGAUAA